AUGGCGGAGCACGGGGGCCGCACGCGGAAGAGCGUGCAGCUCGAGGACAUUCAGCUGGUGCACAACCUCAUCGAACGGUGCAUGAAACACUACCUCUCCGAACAAGAAAUCAUCGCGGUGCUCCAGCAGCAAGCCAAGAUCGAGCCGGCGUUCACGCGCAUUGUCUGGGCGAAGCUGGAGGAACAGAACCCGGAAUUCUUCCGCGCGUACUACACGCGCCUGCGCCUGAAGGACCAGAUUGUGUUCUACAACUACCUCCUCGAGAGGCAGCAGCAGCUGCUGCGAGAGCCGGCACCCCAGCCCGAGCUCAACCGGCUCGGCACCCACAGCGCCGGCAUGGACCCCGCGACGGAGUCGUCGGGCGCGGCGACCUCGCCCGUCGUGAUGGACCCGCACAGAGGCAUGCCAGGCCACGACGAACCAGCGAAAGCGGCCCGGGACCUGCACGCGUACCUGGGCAUGGAGGACGCGGACCAGGCGGCGGCGCGCGGGCUGUCCACGCCGCUGGGGCCGACGUCGACGCCCGGGCUGGACCACGCGGACAACGGCGCGGGGCACGUGCCGCGGAUCCCGUCGGGGCUGCUCAACUUCGGCCACGACAUGACGAACACGUCGCCCACGUUCGGCCUGAACAUGCCGCCGCUCGCGGCCACGCAGUCCCCGCCGCUGCACAGCCCACUCGUGAUGACCAUCGCCCCGGAGGUGGCGCAGACCAUCACCGACCACGCGCUCCGGGACCUCGGAAGCAUGCCAAGGAUCGCGUCGCUGUCGGAACUCAACCUGGACCUCGGGAGCCUGCUGGAGGAGGUGCCGGACGGCUCUGCGCCGGUGCCCUUGUAG